AUGGUUACAACUGUAAGCCCUACCGGGCUGACCUUGCUGAGUGACCCGCAGGACGUGGCAGCAGACGUCGUCUUUGUGCACGGCCUCCAAGGCCAUCCUUAUAAGACGUGGACCUUUUACCCGAGCUUCCCGUCUGCACCAGAGAACCUGUCGUCGUCGGAGGCUAGCAAGAAGAGCAAAAUCCGAGGACUUAGUCGACUUCUGGGCCAUACUCGCAAGCGACAAGAAACACUCAUACCGGCAGAAAAUUCAAACAUAGGGCAGGAUGAGGAAAAUGGGGCGCCGAUAAGCGGUAUAUUCUGGCCGAGGGAUCUGCUCAAGGAGGACCUGCCGCAGGCUAGGAUAAUGACUUUUGGCUAUAACACAAACAUUCAGCAAGGGUACCAUGCAGUCAACCAGGGGAAUAUCUUCUCUCAUGCGAGGGAUCUCUUGUAUGAACUGGAAGCAAAGAGAAGAAAAGCGCCAACUCGCCGUUUGAUUUUCGUCGCCCAUUCUCUAGGUGGAAUCCUAGUGAAGGAGGCUCUUAGACGAUCUGAGCAUGACCCCGAUGAAGCUAUCCGGAAAAUCUACAGCUCAACUAUUGGGAUAUUUUUCUUUGGAACGCCACAUCGGGGUAGUAGGGAGUGGGCAUCGUUAGGGGAAGGGGUUGCUCGUGUUGCAAGCUGUCUUUUAGGGAUGGAUGUGAAUUCUGAGGUCGUACAUGCAUUGUUGCCCACUGGACCCGAGCUCGAACUAUGCCGCGAGUCUUUUGCUGUGCAAUGGGAGCAGCGAAGAGCCGCUCUCGCUGUCCGGACUUUCCAGGAAUCCAAAGGAAUCUCUGGAAUUUGUUGGGGAGGACUCAAUCAACUUAUUGUCCCACCUGACUCUUCGACUCUCGACCAUCCAAGUCAGCGUGCAAGAACUUUGGAUGGAAACCAUAUGACAAUGGUUAAAUUCAGUGGAAGAAGUGACAAAGGCUACGAGAUGGUGAAAGAUGAUCUCGAGGAGCUCAUGACCAAGGCUCCAGAUAUGGAGCUUACACCGAGCUUUGGAACAACCCAGGACAGCCGUGAAUGCCUACAAAUGCUACGGACUUCAGACUAUGAACAGUACAAAGACCGAAAUCCUGAUAGACUUGACAAGACUUGCGAGUGGUUUUUACAUCACGAAAACUUUCACCAUUGGUAUAAAAGCGACUCGUCGACUCUUCUUUGGGUAUCUGCGGACCCAGGAUGUGGCAAAUCGGUCCUGGCCAAGUAUCUAAUUGAUCAGGAAACAGAACUAGAAGCCAGCGAAUCCCGCGCAGUCUGCUAUUUCUUCUUCAAGGAUGACAAUGAAGACCAGACCAGCGUUACUACGGCGUUGUCAGCUCUUCUACACCAACUCUUCUCGCAACGAAACUCACUUAUUCAACAUGCUAUGAAGGACUACAUAGCCGAAGGCAGUAAGCUACCGCGGCUCUUCCAAAAGCUCUGGGCCAUCCUGCUCAAGGCAGCCUCUGACCCGAAGGCUGGGGAGAUCAUCUGCAUCUUGGAUGGGCUCGAUGAAUGCGCAGAGAAAGGGCGGUACCAGAUUAUCGACGUACUCAGCGCGUUCUACAAGCAAGCAAUUUCUGAAGAGAGCGGUUCACGCCUCAAGUUCCUUAUUACCAGCCGUCCUUACUAUGACAUACAACGACGAUUUUCAGAGCUCACGCAUAAUUUUCCAACGAUCCGACUUGCUGGAGAAGAAGAGUCAGAGGCAAUUGGCCGUGAGAUAGACAGAGUGAUCAAAUGGAAGUUGUCGAAAUUAGCUUUGGAACUGAGACUCAACGUUACGGAGAAAGCCACUCUCGAGACAGAACUUCUGGCCAUGACGCAUCGGACAUAUCUCUGGGCAACGCUUGUGUUCGACAUACUAUACAGAACUAUUCGCCCUACCAGCAGGAAGCUGAAGGACAUUGUCAGAUCCCUUCCGCCGACAGUGGACAAGGCAUAUGAGGCAAUUUUUUCCAGAAUAGAUGAUGCCGAACGACCGCAAGCACGGAAACUGCUGUCAAUUGUGGUUGCAUCCAGCAGGCCGCUCACUUUGCAGGAAUUGAAUGUUGCUCUCACAGUUGAAGUCCAGCACAAGUCAUACAACGAACUUAGAGCCGAUCUUGAUGAUGAGGAAAGGUUUGAAUCUACAGUAAGAAACAUGUGUGGCCUUUUUGUCACUAUCCUAGAUCAAAAGAUAUACCUGAUUCACCAGACGGCGAAAGAGUUCCUUGUUGGUAACCACGAGGUGCUCGAUGGAUGGAAGAACUCUCUACACCCUGUACAGUCAGAGCUUAUUCUCGCAACAAGCUGCAUUGUUCCGCUCACAUUCUCGGAUUUUGAUGACUACCAGACGCCGAAUGAGGUCAGUCUUGGCGAAUUACUUUCAGGGUUUGAAUUUCUUGGAUAUGCUGCGUCUUUCUGGAUGGCGCAUUUCCGGGAAGCUCAACAGCAAGCGACAGAUGAGUUGGUGCAGCUGGUGCUCCAAAUCUGCAAUACUUCAUCAAGGAGAUUCAACACCUGGUCCCGUCUCUAUGCAAUGACUGACCCAUCCACUGCGAUCCUCAGGUUCACAACUACUAUGAUGCUAGCAUCAUACCUUGGACAUAACACUGUAGUCGAUCAGCUCCUGAAAGACAGUGAAGCUGAUAUUGACUCAAAGGACAAUGAUCAUAAUCGGACCCCACUCGCCUGGGCCGCCAAACAAGGCCAUAUCUCUGUAGUGAGGCUGUUGAUUGGAACUGGGAGAACUGACAUCAAUUCAAAAGACAACGAUAACCAAACACCACUAUGGCUCGCCUGUAGGACUUGUCGAGAGGAGAUUGCUUUGUUCCUUCUUGAAAAUGGCGCCGACCCCAUGGACAAGAACACUCGACCCCGCUCCCCGCUUCUUGAAUCCGCCUUGCAGGGGUUGUCUAAAGUGGUUGACCGGAUUUUGCGAUCCCUCUCAGAUCAAGCAUUGCAGGUCGUCGCCGAGCAUUACGACACUGAAGGAAAGUCAAUACUCAACCUAGCACUCCUUGGCGAAAAUGGAUCCCAUCAUACCAUUGUGAAAAUGGUGAUUGAUGCACUGGGCCAGUUUCCCGACCAGAGGCGCAAAUUACUGUAUCACCAAGAUCAUUCCAACUGCAGCCCCCUCUUUCAUGCAGCGCUUAGAAAUCAACCAGAAGCUAUCAAACUACUCACACAAGUUGAGAAAGGACUCCUCAGCCAGACUGGCUAUAUUGACUGGAGGGAUACUCCUCUACAUGUCGCGACCCAUUGGCAGAGUCUUAACGCUGUUCGAGCCCUCAUCAAUGCUGGUGCAAACCCAAACAUUCAACAACGUACCGGCCACACACCUCUUCAUAUUGCGUCUCAUAGGACAGAUGGGCAUGACGGUGCACUUAUCCUGAAGAUUUUACUUGAACAUGCGGAUCCCUUGAUAUCAGGCCAUAUGGGCGAGAAUAUCAUUCACCUUGUUCUUGACUGGGAUAGAGCGGUGCACUUUCAGAUUAUUGCGAACCAUAUAUCGUAUUCUGAUCUUCACCAACUCCUAACCUCAAAAAACAAGGACGGUAAUAUCCCACUGUUGCAUGCUACAGCCAAACUUAGCCAUGCAGAUCAUGACUAUGCCUCCCACUCCAAGACCUUCAAGGCCGUCUGCGAAGCGAUGAUUAAAGUCGUGUCAGAUGCAGAUGCAGAUGGUAUUCUAGAUCUAGUCAGCGAGAAGGAUUGCCCAAUUAUUCUGCAUCGAUUCAUCGAAACCAGCUCUGCUGACCUUAUGGCUGAGAUGGUGCCGAAAAUAGCGGCAUUGGACAAUUCAUUCCUUAAGCCGACGGACAUAAAUGGCCAGACUCUGCUUAUAAAGGCUGUCGAUAGACAGUUGUUGCGGACAAUACAGCUCUUAAUUGAGAGUUCCGCCCACGUCAAUGCCCAAGACAAACUCGGGAAGACGGCACUCCACUACGCUGCAGAGCGCGAUAUGCCAGAAAUAGCUAGGCUCCUGGUCCAUGCAGACGCAGACUUGACCAUCAAAGACACCUUUGGCCGUAUGCCGGUCGAUUGGUGCUCUAACAGUAACAGUUGUAUCACAAUUGUGCAGCCGAGUGAUAGGUCUACCAUAAUGCCCGACCCGGUAGCAAUCAUGACUCCAAGCACUCGCUCAAGCCGUACUUCAUGGUCUAUUACACUUGGCGCAGAGCUAAAUUCAUGUGCCUGGAAUCUACAUGGAGAUGUAGGUUGGUAUUCCGACGCUGUCCCCACAAUCGUGCGGGAAGACAAGUACGUGAUCAGCGAGGCAAUCCCAGUUACAAUCAAGCUCCCUGUCCCACGAGUCCAUGUGGUUAUUGAGGGACGCGAUCAAGGCUGGAGCGAUGACCGCUGGUUUUCAGAUCGGCCAGAGGGUUCAUUUACGAGCGACAGCUGGUACGAACUUGCAAUCCUACGGGACGGCCAGCUCGUCCUGCGCCGAGAGUGGGCACGGAACAAACACCGCUCAAAAACAACGCACCGGUUCGAAUGCACCUGGUAUUCAGAUACUCAGCGAAAUUGCGACCAUCUUAAAUUUGCUGGACGUAGGGCCGUUAGUGCAGAUGACCAGGGUGAGUUUGUGCGCAGGUUGACUGUUGGGGAUCAAGUUGUAAUUUUAGCCUUGGCUGGUGGCGGUGGCUGGAUGAAUAUUGUGAAGAGUGCUUCGAUUGAAAUUUUCUUCGAAGACUGA